AUGAGCCAUCGCAAGCCUCGAACUCUCCUCCUAACCCUCGACGCCUUCGGCACAGUCUUCCACCCCCGCCGCCCAGUCCCUGAACAAUACGCCGAGGCCGCGCACGCCUUCGGCCUCCCCCGCUCAACCAUCACAGCUGACGGCCUCAAAGCAGCCUUCAAAUCAACAUUCAAGAGACAGUCGCAGACCCACCCAAACUACGGCCGAGAGGAUGUCCUGCGCGGCCGGUAUGGCGGGCCACGGCAGUGGUGGGAGGAGGUCAUCCGAGGGAGUUUCGCGCAGGCCCUGACGACAAGGGGGCAGGGAAGCAGCAGCAGCUCAGUCGAUGGUGCCGUUCCCGAUGCGCUGGUGUCGCAUCUUCUUGAUCGCUUCGCGGGUAGCGAGGGCUAUGCGCUUUUCGACGACGUGGGCCCGUUCCUUGCGGUGAUAAGGGCGGUGAAGAGCCGGCGGCGGGGGCUUGGGCCGUUUGAGCGCGUGCUUGUGGGUGUGAUUUCGAAUUCGGAUGAUCGGGUUCCGGCGGUGCUGAAGGCGUUGGGGUUGACGGUGGGUGAUGUGCGGGCUGAUCAGGGGGUUGAGAGUAUGCGGUUGCCGGGGUUUGAGGAGAGGGAGGCCAACCGCAAGGAUUCGUCUACGAUAGAUAAAGUGGAUGAUGUCGAUCUGGUGAUUACCAGCUACGAGGCGGGAGAGGAGAAGCCGAGUCGGGUCAUCUUCGACGUGGCGAGGAGGCAGGCUCGGCGCUUGCUUGGGGACGAGGGCGAAUCGGGUGUCGACUGGGUUUGUGUCCAUGUUGGGGAUGACUUUGACAAGGACUAUCAGGCUGCCUUGAAUGCCGGAUGGGAUGGGUACUAUCUUCCUCGUGGGGGCGUCGCCCAUGACACGCAAGGUAAUAAGACUAUCCACUCGCUUAUGGAUUUGAUUCCAGAGCUCGAAGCAUAUAGAUGA